CUCACCUCCAGGAGCUGACAUGGACCCUAAUCCUCGGGCAGCGCUGGAACGCCAGCAGCUCCGCCUCAGGGAGCGGCAGAAAUUCUUCGAGGACAUUUUACAGCCAGAGACAGAGUUUGUCUUCCCCUUGUCCCACCUGCAUCUUGAGUCUCGGAGACCUCCUAUCGGCAGUAUCUCAUCCAUGGAAGUUAACGUGGACACGCUAGAACAAGUGGAAUUUAUUGACCUUGGGGAUCAAGACGGAGCGGAUGUGUUCUUGCCUUGUGAAGAUCCUCCUCCCACCCCCCAGACAGCUGGGGUGGAUGACCAUCCAGAGGAGCUGAGCCUGCUGGUGCCCACGUCUGACAGAACCACGUCUCGAACCUCAUCCUCGUCCUCUGACUCCUCCACAAACCUGCACAGCCCGAAUCCAAGUGAUGGUGGCGCUGAUACACCUUUGGCACAGUCUGACGAGGAGGACAAUGGGGCUGAUGGAGGGGCUGAGCCUGGGGCCUGCAGCUAG